CCUCUUCAAAAACCCACACAAUCACACAACAAAUCCAAACCAUUCUCUAUUAUUCCAAUUAUUUUUUCUCUGUCCCCAAUUUCAUACACCAAUUAUUAAUUAAGAGGCAUUAAUUAAUUCAGUAUGGUUUUGUCCAAAGUUUUUUCUGAGUCCAAUGACUCCAUUCACUCCACCUUUGCAUCUCGCUACGUCCGAGACUCUGCUGCUAAGUAUGAGAUACCUGAGAAUUCGACACCAAAGGAAGUGGCGUAUCAGAUGAUAAACGAUGAGUUAAUGCUUGAUGGAAAGCCAAGGCUGAAUUUGGCUUCCUUUGUCACCACUUGGAUGGAGCCUGAGUGUGAUAAGCUUGUUAUGGACUCAAUGAACAAGAACUACGUCGACAUGGAUGAGUACCCUGUUACCACUGAACUCCAGAACCGAUGCGUGAACAUGAUAGCACACCUGUUCCACGCUCCACUGGAUGAAACAGAGGCUGCAGUGGGAGUUGGAACAGUGGGAUCGUCUGAGGCGAUAAUGCUUGCGGGUCUUGCCUUUAAGAGAAAAUGGCAAAACAAGCGCAAAGCUGAGGGUAAACCUUAUGAUAACCCCAACAUUGUCACUGGUGCCAAUGUCCAGGUAUGUUGGGAGAAGUUUGCAAGGUACUUUGAAGUGGAAUUGAAGGAAGUAAAGGUGAAAGAAGGGUAUUACGUAAUGGACCCAGUCAAAGCUGUGGAAAUGGUGGAUGAAAACACUAUCUGUGUUGCUGCUAUUUUGGGUUCAACCUAUAAUGGUGAAUUUGAAGAUGUUAAACUCUUAAAUGAUCUCUUACUUGAAAAGAACAAACAAACUGGUUGGGAGACCCCAAUUCAUGUGGAUGCAGCAAGUGGUGGGUUUAUAGCACCAUUCCUUUACCCAGAAUUGGAAUGGGAUUUCAGGCUACCAUUGGUGAAGAGUAUUAAUGUGAGUGGGCAUAAGUAUGGGCUUGUCUACGCUGGAGUUGGGUGGGUCGUUUGGAGGACCCAACAGGACUUGCCUGAAGAACUUAUUUUUCAUAUCAAUUAUCUUGGUGCUGACCAACCCACUUUCACCCUCAAUUUCUCCAAAGGUUCAAGUCAAAUUAUUGCUCAAUAUUACCAACUAAUCCGAUUGGGCUUUGAGGGUUACCGUAACAUUAUGGAAAAUUGUCACAAAAACGCUAUGGUGCUAAAACAAGGGCUAGAAAAAACAGGUCGUUUUGAAAUUCUAUCAAAAGACAUAGGAGUUCCUGUUGUGGCAUUCUCUCUCAAAGACAGGAGCCGCCACGACGAGUUCGAGGUCUCGGAGCUACUCCGUCGCUUCGGGUGGAUUGUCCCGGCCUACACGAUGCCAGCUGACGCUCGUCACGUCAGCUUGCUUCGUGUAGUGAUAAGGGAAGACUUCUCGCGCACCCUUGCUGAGCGUCUGGUGAUCGACAUCAGCAAGGUGUUGCAAGAGCUUGACAAGCUUCCUGCCAAGAAUGGCAAAAGCAGUACUAGUGAUGAUGAAGUUGAUGUGACCAAAAAGAGAGAAGAUGAGAUUAAGAGGAACAUUGCUACUCAUUGGAGGAACAUUGUCAUGGCUAAGAAGGCUGAUAAGAUAAUGCUCUCAUGCAGUUAAUUACCCUUAAUUAUAUAAGGUGUUCUUAAUUAAUAACCAUUUAAUUUUGCAUGUAGUAGUACAAUAUUAUUAUUAACUACACAUUUAUUCAAAGGGUUUUUAUUUUUGUAUUUGUGGAGAUUGAGUCUUGACAAUGCUCUUUCUCUCUUGGCAUCAAUUACAAUGUGUGUUUGUUCUCAAUGUUGUGUACCAACCAUACUAAACAUUUUUUUUUUGUUCUUGUAUAAUUAAAUUAAAAAUUAAUAAAUUUGUCUUGUUAUUUGAUC